AACUGGAGGUAGUAACUAACCCUGAUCUGAGUUUUAACAUCAGGUCUCAUCUCAAGCAGGAGUAACUGAGCACUUCCUUCCUGCUGGCCGGCUGUCCUGUUUGGCAAAGGUUUUGGAAAACAGAGUGACUGGGAGGAGGGAGAGUUCAAUUUAAUAAGCAAAUGCCCCACAGUCUCCACACAGCUGCCUGGCAAGUUUCUUGUAUGCAUUUCCACUGCCAUGUAAAUCACCACCAAGGGCAUCUAAACCCAAACGUGGAUCUGUGUUAGACUCUGUGAUGUUGACUUCAAACACAUUUGAGAAAACUCCAGGUUCUGUUGCUGCUGAACAAGUGCAGUGAAACUGACAUUAAGUUGUGAAGUGAGAUUAGAGAGAGUGCAAGAGAAGCACUGUGAGUGAUAGCAGAGCUGGGCUCUGCGAUAGGGGAGCCUGCAGGGUGUGAUAGGAGGUGCUGUCUGACUUCAGGUCGGGUGCUGGGCUCUUAAGGGCUGCUGGGGGAAGGGGAUCGGCAGCGCCAGGGCAGCGUGAGUACCAGACCUCAUGGUGGCCUUGGUGACAGUCCCCUGAUGGUGGACUUUGUCCAGCAGAAGCUUCCAGCAGCACGUGGCUGUGUGUGGCUCUGCAGGGCAGCGCAGGAAGCAGGUGGGUGGGGGAGCUUCCUGCAGCUUGUGUUGCGAGGUUGGAGACCGAAACACUGACAGAUCCUUCACCCCCAGAGCUGCCUCUUCCACUCCAGCCUUUUUCAAUAUAGAAACAGAGAAGAACAGCUUUGAUUUUUUUAAUAAAUUAUUAUUAUUUUGUUUGCAAGCAUCCCCGCACAGCACGGGGCUGACAUCCCAUCCUGCAGGAGUGGCUGUUAGUGCUCCCAUGGCCAGGUCGGUAACACCACAUCCAAACCCGCUGUGUGGGGCCCUCUUUCACCUCUGCUUUGUUCCACUCUGGACCUGAAUAAUGCAGGGCUGUAAGCUGAUCCUGGACGCCUCUCGGGUUUCCCCGCAGAGCUCAGAGAGGCUGAACCUGCAGCUGCAGCACUGUGGGGCUGCUGCUCUGCUGGGUCCCCUCAGGCCUGGCCUGGCUCCUCAAUGCAUGCAGCUCAGGUGUCCCACGGUGCAAAAUGCAAUGAGGAUAAGGCCGGGCUGCAGGCUCUCGGGGUGCUUGGAUGCUGCACAUUGAGCCCAAGCAGCCUUUGAGGUUCAUGGAAUCAUUCUGGUUGGAAAAAAACCUCUGAGAACCACAGGUCCAACCCCUCUGUGCCCGCUGACCACAUCCCACAGUGCUGUAUCUCAGCAUCUCUGAACACCUCUGGGGAUGGUGAUUCCCACCUCCCUGAGCAGCCCUGCCACCGCAUCACCGCUCUGUGUUAGAAAUGGUUCCUAGGCUCCAACAUCACCAAGCGCAGGGAUGGGGUUGGACUGGGAAGGGCUGUCGGACAGCCGCCCCUUUCUGCUGCCCUACUGCACUCCCCGGUGCAGCCCAAGCCCCGUUCCCCGCUUCCUCCCACCGGGGCAGGAAGCACUGAGCCCCGGUUCCUUCCUGUAUCAGGACGGGGCUGCAGAGGGAAGGGCUGAGUCGCGUCCUGCAGCUCGUGGCUGAGCGGCCCAGGGCCCCCCUGAGCUGAGAAGCAGGGCCUGGCCGAAGGGCUCUCAGCAGGCCAGCCCAGUGCUAUGCGGGUCUCCCCGAAGCGCUCCCUCACGGCUGUGUUUGCAGCCUCCUUCUUCUUCCUCCUCCUCCUCCUCCUCCUGCACAGGGCCAGCUGGCAGCAGCAGGAUUUCCAGGUCGAUUUUAGGGAUCUACCUUCAGAUACAGUCCUGAAGACACUGAAGCAAGGAGCCCUGCACGUCCACCAGGACACGGACAGCCUCUCUGCACUCAACAACAUCUCCUACCACCUCCUUGCUGGUUCCCCAUCAUCCCACAAAAAGUUCUUGGCUGUGGGACUGUCAUCAGUGCGACGACCACGUGGCUAUUACCUCCGAGACACACUGCAGUCCCUCUUCAAGCAGUCAUCAGAAGAGGAGCUGCAGGAGAUGGUGGUGGUGGUGCACCUGGCCGAUGCAAACCCCAGAUGGAACGCCCAUGUGGCCGCUGACAUCAGCCAAAGGUUCUCUCACCACAUCCUCCUGGGCCGGCUCGUGCUUAUCCACGCUCCCCAUGAGUUUUACCCGACCCUGGAAGGCCUCAAGAGAAACUACAACGACCCAGAGGCGCGGGUGAAGUUCAGGUCCAAGCAGAACGUGGAUUACGCCUACCUCGUCACCUUUGCUGCCAACCUCUCCUCCUACUACCUGAUGAUUGAGGAUGAUGUGUUGUCUGCCAAGUCCUUCUUCACCGCCAUCCGCAAAGCCGUGGCCUCCCAGGAAGGCUCCAACUGGGCCACCCUUGAGUUCUCCAAGCUGGGCUACAUCGGUAAGCUCUACCGCUCCACUGACCUUCCUCGCUUGGCUCGCUUCCUCCUCCUCUUCUACCAGGAGAUGCCCUGUGAUUGGCUGCUGGACCACUUCCGCCUCCUGCUUACCCAGAAGGACGUGAUCCGCUUCAAGCCCUCCCUCUUCCAGCACAUGGGCCUCUACUCCUCCUUCCAAGGUAGUGUCAACCGACUGGAGGAUGACGAGUUCGAGGCUGACGCCAUGGACCUUCCGGACAACCCACCAGCAGCCGUGUUCACCAACAUGCUUGUCUUUGAGAACUAUGAGCCCUCCAAGGCUUACAGCACAGCAGAGGGAUAUUUCUGGGGGAAAAACCCAGCAGUGGGCAGCAUCUUCUGCAUCGUCUUCCACCAACCAGCCCGUGUUACCCGUGUCCGGGUGCAGACGGGCUCCAAUGAGCGCCAUGGGGACUUCCUGCGUGCAGGGGUUCUGGAGCUGGGCCAGAGGCGGCGGGCUGAUGGCCGGGACUGCUCUGUGUACACCACUGUGGGCACCUUUGAGAAAGGGAACUUAGAACGGCGGGGGCUGGAGAAGGGAGCACCCAACCCUGUGGAAUGUGUGAGGAUCCGGGUCACCCAGAGCCAGAGUGAGUGGCUCAUCAUCCAGAGCAUCGAUAUCUGGACUGCAGGCACCUGAGCAGGGUUGUGAUGGGUUGGAUUUUGCUCUAAGAAGAGGUUUAUUUUUCUCAGUCCUUUUUUUGAUUUAAAGGAGAAUUAAAUUAUUCAGCCAA